AUGCCCGUGAAUGAAAAAGCAUACGGCGGAUUCAACAACACAGGUCUAUUGCAUUCGCCGGCAACAAAGAUCUCUCAAAAUAUCGAUGUUUCCGGCUUUUACCAGCCUCCCCAAACACUUUCUCACCAGAAGCUGCAGGCCGCUCAAUUUCAGAUACUGAAGCAACAGCAGCUAAUGAAACGACUAAAUGCACAAAAGCAACAUCAACAGCAGCACCAUCACCAUGUGGUUCAAAACAGAGUGAGGAGCAACAAUGGUACUAAUAGGCCUAUGGGUUUGUCACCAUCUGCAUGCCUCCCUCUUCAGCAGCAAACCCGGAUGACAAACGGGUCGGGUAUGCAAGCUGUUUACUUGAACAAUCCAACUGCAAAAAGGGAACGUGCUGGAACUGGUGUUUUCUUGCCUCGCCGUAUUGGUGCACCUUCUGAACCCCGCAAGAAGCCAGCUUGUCCUACUGUUCUGCUGCCAGCACGAGUUGUUCAGGCCUUGAACUUGAAUCUAGAUGAAAUUGGCGCCCAACCCCAACUUCAUCCUCGUUUCAACCCAAAUUUCACUGCAGAUGCUGGUACAAAAUCAUGUCAAUCUACUUAGGUUUUACGUUUAUAG